AGAUGGAACCGAUACGUGCUAGAAGGCGUUGGUGAUACGGAAGAUGUGGAUGUUGAAAUGACUGAUAGUCUAGGCAAAUCAUCGAAGAAACCACCGCCAUUCUCCCUCGUAGAUACUAUCCACUCCUCUGAACAUGCAUUCACUAGACCAGACUCUGCUCCCAAACAUAAAUUUGAGAUUACACUAGAACCUGCAUCGUAUACAGACGAGAAGUUCGAGUUAUAUCGUCACUAUCAGCGAAACAUACACAAAGAAGAGUAUAAGGAACACAGGCCGUCCGGUUUUAGGCGGUUUCUUGUCGACUCGCCUCUUCAGGCUUCUCCGAUCGCAUAUGAAAGGGACCCUCCGGACCAUCUACCCAAGACUUACGGCUCAUAUCACCAACUCUACCGCUUGGAUGGGGAGCUUAUCGCCAUAGGCGUCCUUGAUAUCCUACCCUCAUGCAUCUCCAGCGUAUAUUUGAUGUACAAUAACAAAUGGGAAAAGUUCUCUCUCGGUAAGGUCAGUGCUCUGCGAGAGGCAGCACUUGCAAGAGAAAUGUAUGAAUGCGGAGCGAAAGAUGUAAAAUAUCUUUACAUGGGUUAUUAUAUUCACUCGUGUCAGAAGAUGAGGUACAAGGGCGAGUAUUCGCCAUCGUUCUUACUAGAUCCAGAAGAAUAUUCCUGGUAUCCUUUGAAAGACUGUACCUCACUUCUCGAUAGUCAUCGAUACGCAUGCUUCUCGCAUCCCGAACAUUCCGUGAAAGAUCCUGGUAUUCCUCCGGAAUGUGAGUUCAGCAUAUUUGUUAACUUCACUCUAUAUUUUACUAAAACCGCUUCAUCUUAG